UCCCCGGUAGUACAGCGGAGAGAGAGGAAUAGUCUGAACAAAUGCUAUGCGGAUACACUUUUUAAAAACAAAUGACUUUAACUUGGUAACAAUAUGGAUUAUGUCGUUGUCAAGGGAAUGUGAACGGAUACCGGAGACAGACUCAGACUGGAAGUUUUGAAGGGCCGAUCACGGCGCCUCUAACCCCGGGUCCGGUUUUAUUACCGGCGUCCCAUUUUUCUUCCCCCGGGGGUAGCCCCAUGCAAAACAUAACGGCACCGGGCAGCCCCAAUAACAACUCUGAUGUUAUUUGUUCCUGUAACGGCACCGGUCCCCAGCCGGAGGGAAUGGAGAUAUCUGUACUGGAGUCAGCUCAGAUCCUCUUCAUCCUGGUCCUGAUGACCGUAAUGCUGCUGCUGAUUGGCUGUCUGUUCAACCACUACAAGCUGUCUUCCUGCUCCUUUACAACCAGACAGAGACAGGCCCGGAGGCAAGCACAACACCUACAGCAGGAUCUCUGGCCGUCGGACAGCGGCUCUCGACAAGGUGCCUCCGAGGUGCUGUAUGUGCCCCAGACAAGGGAGAGGUUCACAGCCUCGUCCUUUAUGUCCAGGGAGCGUUUCAGUCGCUUCCAGCCCACCUGCCACUACCUGACCCGCGACCUCCAUCUUCCCCCCACCAUCUCCCUGUCUGACGGAGAGGAGCCCCCGCCCUACCAGGGUCCCUGUACCUUACAGCUGAGGGACCCGGAGCAGCAGUUAGAGUUGAACAGAGAGUCGGUCAGGGCCCCUCCCAACAGAACCAUCUUUCACAGCGACGCGAUAGACGUGCACGGUGGAGGGGCUGGAGGGCCGAGGCCACCCAGCAGUAACUCUGGUAUCAGCGUAGCCAAUAGCAGCAGCAGCCACGGACGCAUGGAACACCCGCCUCCGGCGUAUUGCGAGGUGAUUGGUCAGCACUACCCUGGCUUCUUUCACCACCCGCACAGCGAUAACACACUCGGGACCUGGACCGGGGGCGGGACCAGCCUGCAGGGCCAAUCGGAAAGCACAAUACCUGCCAAGGGCAGGAAAGGGGAGGAGCUGAGGUGAGAUGGAGGAGGGACUAUGCUGUCGGAGACUCCUCCCCCUGUAAAGGACAAUCUCUUGAUGGACCGACACUCCCAGGAUGCACAACUA